GAUUCGUCUUCGUUUCCAACAAAAUAAAAAAAAUUCCCCAUCUCCAUCGUCCCCGGCGAACCCUGCCUUCCCGUCCUUCCGCGGUUCCUCCGCAUCAUGGUAAGCGGUGAAGCUCUGUAAGCGACAUGGCGGAUUCGCGUGGAACAACUCCCAAGAGCGGUGACAAUGAUAACACCUCCACGCGCCCGGCGCGCCUCCGCGUCAUGCGCCCGGAAGUCAAGGAAUUUCUGACGAGUCCUCGCCGGAGACGCCCCAAGAAGCAACCGCCUCCGCCUCCGCCCCCGCCGCCACGAAAUGUGAAGCUGAAGGAGAGGAAGAACAAGGAAAAGGGGAAGGCUGCGACGGAGGAAGACAAAUUCGAGCGCGCGCAAUACAACUGCCCCUUCCAGGACGAGGGCGAAGGGGGCCGCGACUUCGCGCCGCCGGAGCUGGUCUGGGGUAAGGUACGGAGCCACUCCUGGUGGCCCGGACAGGUGUUCGACGCCGCUGACGCCUCCGAAAUCGCGCUGCAGCACCGGAAGGCCGGCGCGCUGCUCAUCGUCUACUUCUGGGACAGGACCUUCGCUUGGAGCUCCCCUUCCGCGCUGCUCCCCUUCCGCUCCAACUUCACGCGACUAUCCGCCCAGAGCACUAUGUCCAGCUUCGUCUCCGCUAUGGAUUCCGCGCUGCAGGAGGUUGGGCGACGCGUAGAGGCUGGCCUCUCGUGCGGUUGCUUCACCUCCAGCAUUGCCACCAAGCAGGAGGUUCAAAACUCUGGUAUCCGGCAAGGGGCGUAUGGUGCGGCCGUAGACUCUGUCUACACGAGGGAUGCCUUCCAUAGCAAAACAUUUCUUGACUACAUCUCAGCACUGGGAAAGAAACCACUGGCGGGUGCUGAUCUUCUUGUCCUUGCUACCGUAAAAGCACAGCUGAGGGCCUUGAAUCGCUCAAGGGGCUCAAGGGACCUCCCUGAGUUUGAGAUGUUUGAGGGCACUGAUGAGAUUACAGAAAUGACACACACAGAUGGAGAUGAUACAUUGAGUCGAGGGAAAAAGUCAAAGCGCAUGAAGAGUUCAUCGAAGAAGAAAACUGACAUUUCCAAGCAUUUAGAUGGACUCAAAACUGGUUCUGUUGCUGACAGCAGAACAUUGGCCAAGAAGGCAGUAGGUGAUGCUUUGAGUGAGAGAAAAUCUGGACGCACACUGAGAUCCACGAGUAAGAAGGAAGAUGCUUUAGAGGGUUUGAAAAGGCUGGCAAAGGAUGGAAUUCAGGAAUUAACAGGGAAAAGCAAAGACGCCCCCAUUCUUAAAGAAAAAAAUCAGGGGCAUGGGGCAGGCUCUGCACACAAGAAGGGUAGAAUCACAGAGGAUGGGUAUCAUAGACUUGGAGAUAGCAAUGCCAAGGAUCCCAUUUUUCCUGGCAAGAGAAGAUUGGGACAUAACGAAAACUCAAUAAGCAAACGAGUGCCCAUCUCAGAGCAUGGUAGGAAGAAGAAGAAACUUUCUGAACUCAUGGCAGAGACAGGCAAGCCUAAUUCUGCAUCUAGUGGUAAGAGCAAAACUCGAGGGAAGCGUUCGUUGCAUGAUUCAGCUGAGAAAACUGAGGAUCCUGAACAUCACUCUAAGGAUACAUUGAUGACUAGGAAAAGAAAGAAGCUCAACACAUUGGGGGAUUUGUCUUCACUGUCAGAGCCUCUCUCUCGUAAGAAGUCCACAAAGGUUGGAGAACUGAUGAGCAAAGUAGCUGGGAGCAGCAUGUUACAGGCUGCACCUGCUGUCAAAGCUAAUAGUGCAGUGUCUCAGACAAAACCACGAAGGGCUAAGUACAGGCAAGUAAAUGCUGCAGACAAAUCUCCAUGUCCUGUGAAGGUGAAUCAGGGGAACAGCGAAGCCGUUAGUAAGGAGUCUCUAUCUUGUGGAGAAAUGCUAUGGCAGCUCUCUGUAGCAGCAUGUGGUCUUCAGCAGAGAGAGAAAAUCGUUCCUACAAGUGUUAACUUCUUUACCGGUUUUAGAAAGAACAAAUUUUCUAGUUCUGAUGUCAAUGAGGGGAUGCCUGAGAAGGCAGCCAACACUGAGUCCACUCUUUCAGAACAGCCCAUUGCUGAUCAUAUGCAGGAUGACUAUUGGGCUGACAUUCUCAUUAAUGUGGAGGAGCCGCUAUCUAACCUGAAAAAGAAGAUAGAUGAGAGUAAGAAAAGAGUAAACAAGAAGGCACCUCAGGUUAAGAAACCUCCUGUUAAUUCAUUGUCGACUGUAGAAAAUGUAGACGAGCCAAGGAGUGAAGGCAACCAAGAUACAGGAAAUGAGGAACAACUUAGGAACGAAACCAAGUUGUUUUCUGCAAAUGGAUCUCAACUGAACGCCGGAACCAAAUUUGGUCAAGAGAUGGAAAAUUGCUUUCUGUCUGGACUGGUGCUGCACUUCAGCAGGCCAUGCGCUGUUCCAUCACAGUGUGACCUUAUCAAGAUCUUUAGCCAAUACGGUCCUGUCAAUGAAGUGAAGGCAGAUGUUGCAAACAGUGCCAGCUCUGCCCAGGUGAUCUUCAAGAGGCGCAUGGAUGCUGAGGCAGCGUUUGCAGGUGCUGGGAAGAUCAGUGCCCUUGGACCUGCCCUUGUGAGCUUUCGUCUCACUGACUUCCCAGCUAGUGCUUCAGGAAAUAAAGCUUCCCAUGUUGCAUCAAAGAGCGAAUAGUGUUGCUUGACCAGUGAGGUAAAAACGGCUUUCGUAUCUCUUCCCUAGUUGGGUCUGGGUUUGAGUUUGACAGCUGCUGUAUAUUAUCUUAUGCACAUUAUGGUGUCCUCUUGUUUUUUUAGGGAAACUGGAUGGGGGAGUUAGAGAAAAAGGUAUACUCUACUGUAUGUGGUAGUUAGGUUGUUGCAGGAUUAAGAGGAACAGCAAUGUCAUCUGGGUCUUCCAGUGUUGUGGAGGUGUCAUACUCACUAUCAUUUAUGCUGCAGACCAGUUCA